GCUGCCGUUUGACACGCACGCGCACACAGCACCCUCACAGUCUGCCCGCCUGCCCGGGUCAGCGUGCCGCCUCUCUACAUCGGCAAAGUAACCUAACCUGUCCCUUGUAUGUGCGAGUUCGGUCCCACUCUUGUACCCCACCAAGCCUGCGCGCCUUUCCAUCGUAGCCCGUCCGUCAGGCCCUCAGUCCCGACAAUCAACCUUCACCUUCCACCAGCGCCAGCGACUCCAGCCGUCAGCACCACAAAGUCGGCCCACCAGCGUCCUCGCUCCCCCUUUCGACCGCCUCCUCCGCUGCCUCAUCCCUCUCCACUGCAGGCCCAUGGAGGCGCACUCACAAGAGGCGCACGGCGGAAUGGCCGACUCUCAAAAAUCUGACGCAUCGAACAAUGCGCCCGAGUCCUCGCCCGCGCCCGCAACCGCGCCCGCGCCUGAACCCGAGCCCGUGUCUGGCAAAGCGCCCCAGCCCACAAUCGCCCGCGAUACGGCCGUCGACCAACCGUCAGAAGACAAUGCUGGCCCUGCCGUUCGAUUCAAGUCCACCGUCCAGGAGAUCGACCCCAAACAUCCUUUGUUUGAACCAUCGGCCUCUGGGGGCGACCACACCAGCGACUUCGUGACGCCUGAGGAUAUCAAGUCUCUGUCCAAGUCACUCCAGGGACACCGCCUACAAGAACGGAGAAUGACCAAUUUCGCCUUUGAGCCGUACUCAUUGCCUGCCUCCAGAACUGUUUCCCACGAUGACGAUUCCAGAGAUGCCAGCCGGCAACACACGCAAAGCUCGACCAGCAUGCCGUCACCUCGCCUCGGGCCAAGAGGGGCUGAGGUGCAGUCGCCGCCUUUGACACCAGCAGCUACGGACGGCACGUCGGAAACAAAGCAACUUGACCAUGCUAGAGACUCAUCAGAAAAGCUGGCCCACAAGCGCGAUGUCAUCACCCCACAAGAGUCUGGCCAAGAAACGUCUCCACAACCAGCUACCAGGAGAACCCCCCAUCGACAGUCGUCCGAAGAAGGAAAACGAUCUACGUCUGAGUAUCUGGGUGCGUCAGACCACAGGAAGGGCAUGUUUUCUGUCGGGCCAGGGUCUCUGCCAGUUUCCAGGGAAUCCAGCCCAAACCGUGCAUCUGCCUUCUAUUCCCGCCCCUUCACGCCAUCUGGAGACCUCGACAACCCAUAUGCCGCCAGCAAACGCCAGCCGCAAGCGAAAAUCGAGCCUCGCUUCGUUUUCUCCCGUAAGAAGGGAAAGGUCUCGCCUAGCUCGUCCACACUGAGCCUGCCAAAAACGUCCACGGAUAAGCGGCAGUCGUCCGGGCUGCUGAGUGCCUUGGGCAAGAACCAGGACAUGUAUCAGACAGACAGCCAUGGGACGACACACAGUCGACAAGGCUCCAUGUCAGAUCUGAAGCGGUUCUUCAAGAUGGGCGGUCACCACAAGGCGAAGCGAGCAGCGUCUCCGGCAGCCAGCAUUCGGUCCGGGUACAGAACACCGCCUGGUUCAAGAUCGACCUCGCAGAUACCGUUUGGUGACGACCACGGCCUGACGUCCAAGUAUGGCAAGCUGGGCAAGGUUCUUGGGUCCGGCGCUGGUGGCUCGGUGAGGUUGAUGAAGCGAAGCGAAGAUAACACGGUCUUCGCGGUGAAGGAAUUCCGCCCACGCCAUUCAUACGAGACAGAAAAGGAGUAUGUCAAGAAGCUGACGGCCGAGUACUGCAUUGGCUCUUCCUUGCACCAUGGGAAUAUCAUCGAAACCCUGGACAUCGUGCAGGAAAAGACCAAGUGGUUCGAGGUCAUGGAGUACGCGCCGUAUGACCUGUUCGCCAUCGUGAUGACGGGGAAGAUGUCACGCGAAGAGGUAUCAUGUUGCUUCUUGCAGAUUCUCAGCGGCGUGACAUAUCUGCACAGCAUGGGGCUUGCGCACCGAGAUCUCAAGCUCGACAACGUUGUGGUCAACGACCGCGGCAUUAUGAAGAUCAUCGACUUCGGCAGUGCACAUGUGUUCAAGUAUCCUUUCGAGAACAAUCUCGUUCUGGCUUCAGGAAUCGUCGGCUCCGACCCGUAUCUGGCACCAGAGGUAUACGAGGAGCGAAAAUACGACCCAGCAGCGGUUGACAUAUGGUCACUGGCCAUUAUCUACUGCUGCAUGAGCUUGCGCAGGUUUCCUUGGAAGGUUCCGCGCCUGACAGACAACUCGUACAAGCUCUUUGCGGCAGAACCCACUCCCGGACACGACCCGAAGAAACUGAUACUGCCCCCGGUGAAGUCAGAAAGCGCAUUGCAUGACAUGCCGCAGAGAGACAUGUUCCCGGCAGAUCCUGAAGACAAGGGGAAGACGGGUCAGAACGGCGACAAGCCUUCUCACCGCGAAGAGAAGCCGUCUGGCGAAACAUCGACCUCGACGGCGCCGGGCGAAAAGAGGGAGGUAAUCCGAGGCCCUUGGAGGAUUCUGAGGCUCUUGCCCAGGGAAAGCCGCCAUGUCAUUGGCCGGAUGCUUGAGAUAGACCCGAAGAAGCGGGCGAAGAUGGAGGAGAUUCUGGAGGACAACUGGGUGAGCAACACUGAGAUCUGUCGGCAAGUGGAGCAGGGCAAGGUCAUCAAUGCCACUGAUCACACACAUGUCUUGGAGCCCCCGUCGGGCUCGACUGCCGCCAAGUAGGAGACGGCUGGACAAUCGCAGAACAAUGUCGAGGAGCGCGAAAGACACGUCACAAGAUUCAGUUUGACAUUCGACGCGCCAUUCAGCACCGGGCCUGGUUUGCCAACGAUGGGAAGAGGCGGCUGCUGCGGCAGUGGACCUAGGGCUCACAAAUUUGGACGGGCCUUGGAUUACCCUAGAAUAGGGCCAUCGUCCGUCAUAGGAGGAAGGGGCGUGAGCUCUCACGCGCUUCGCCACAGAGAAAGAGGCUGGGAGGGAAUGGGAUGAAAGAAACCUGUGUAUAGUGGCGUUCCGGGGCGCUCGAGACUACUGCAUUAUGGACAUUAGGCUACAGAUGGUCGGAAGCGUCAAUGAUUGUUUUGCAUUUCGGCGGCUGGCGGAUAGAGAGAUUGGAUCUUGGGGGUCGUGCCAGGGUUCCUGUUCACUGUUGUACUGGCCAGGGUUGAUUUCCCGUGACAUAUGAUCACAGACUUAGAAUACGACUAUUAAAUCUCUUCCUAUG